AUGUGCUCUAGUUCUGAGCAGGUAGCUGGGAAGCUUAUUGCUUCAACAGAUAAUAGCUUGUGGAGUGAAAAGAGCAUAAAUUAUUGGCUGCAGUUCAUGAAUGUGAUUGGCUUAACAGUUGAAGGUAGCAGAAUUUUAGAUGGACGAGGAGCUUCUUCGUGCACAGAGGUGAAUGGAAAGAAGACAAAUCAGAUUGGACCCACGAUACUACUUAUUGGAAGUCUUGGUGAAGAUAACGCCCUUGCUGCUGUAAAGAACAUAACAGUAAGUGGAGUGUCUUUUCAUGACACACAGAAUGGAGUAAGGAUCAAAACUUGGCAAGGAGGGAAUGGUUUUGCAACUGAUAUAACAUUUCAAAAUGUAAAACUGGAUAACGUACAAAACCCUGUUAUAAUUGACCAAUAUUAUUCUCCAUAUGGAAGUCCUACAAAGGGUGAUUCUAAUGUGAAGAUCAGUAAUGUCCUAUACAAGAACAUAACUGGAACAUCGGCUUCAAAUGCUGCAAUUGCUUUUGAAUGCAGCCAAAGUGUGCCUUGUGAAGGAAUCAAAGUAGACCAUAUAAACUUGAGCUAUAACGAUGGAAAAACAAAUGCUCAAUUUUUGUGUAGGAAUGCACACGUGACUGCAGUUGAUGCUGGGGCUGUAAGCCCAACUCCCUGCCUCUAA